AUGGCCAACGACAUCGUUUUGACGACGUAUGAUACUUUGCGCAGCGAAUGGUCGACUUCUCGAUCAGAUAGCGUUCUAUAUCACAAUCACAGCGGUUGGGCGCGUAUAGUCCUUGAUGAAGACAGAAAGGUUCUGGCCAAUUUGCUGAUGAUUGUCAAAAAAGCUCAUCAUAUUCGGUCUCGUUCCUCACAGAUCUUUCAAGCGACAUGCGACCUUCGGGCUAGAUAUCGUUGGUGUCUUACCGGAACUCCAAUUCACAACACACUGGACGACUAUGCAGCCUUGCUAGCAUUCAUCAGAGUGGCUCCAUUUACCGGUCCCAGUGGAAAACUCGCGUUUGCGAAUUUGAUCGAUUCCCCCUUACAUUCUUUUGAUAAGCAUGAAAUUGGAAUUCGACGUCUCAGGAAACUCAUCGCUGCAACUUGUUUACGACGUACAAAGGACCACGUGCAAGAUCAGCUGCGGCUACCAUCACGCAUUGAAAAGGUGCAUUACAUCGAUUUGACACAUGAAGAGCGCAGAAUCUAUGAUUUCUUCAAGUCUCGAGCGUCUUCCCUCGUGGGGAACUUAAGUCAGAAGUCACACAUGGAUAAGACAUCCUGGUCAACCAUGUUGUCUAUCAUUGGAUUUCUAAGAUUGAUUUGCAACCACGGAGGACAGCUUUUACCACAAGCUGCAAUAGAAAUGUACAACAAGCAAAAUCCCUCCGCUGUCCACCCACUAUCCAAAAUUACGAGGCCAUCCGAAGUAUCGACAUGCCCUUCUGGACUAUCGAUUGAUUCCCUACCUGGCUCUCCAGAAUCACUAAUGCCCUUUGAUAACUUGGGGCGGACUGAUUAUCAGCCUUCAUCAAAAGUUAGCGCAUUGAUAGGGAACAUUCUGAGCGAGCAACUCGUGAAUAAGUCAAUUUCUGAGGGAAUUCCCGUGAAAAGCGUCAUAUUCAGUUUCUGGACAAAAAUGCUCGAUCUCAUUGAGAUUGCCUUGAGAAAGAAUGGCAUCUUCUUCCAACGAAUUGAUGGCAAAACAUCAGUUGGACAUCGAUCUCUUGUACUGAAAAGAUUCAAUGAAGACCUGAACUGUACAGUCAUACUCGCUAGUAUUGGAGCGGUUGCGGAAGGUGUCGAUCUUACCGCUGCAAGCAGUGUUCAUCUCGUUGAGCCCCAGUGGAAUCCUAUGGUCGAAGCCCAAGCUGUUGAUCGAGUACAUCGCAUUGGCCAAUGUCGCAGCGUGACAGUCACUCGCUAUAUCGUAAAAGACUCUAUCGAGAAUUACGUCCAAGGGAUUCAACAAGCCAAGCUGAGAUUCGUUCAACAAUCAUUUGGUGAUACUAAUACAGAUCAGGAAAGUCUCAAAAAUGCCCGUCUGCAGGUGAGUAUUCUGAUCAGAUGA